AGUAUGGCUCUGUGUCCUCUUAUCAAUAAAGCUAGGUGAAGGGAAAAAAGUGCGACCUAGCAGGAGAUACAGGAAGUGAUGUCAGAGGAGAGGAUGGCCGUGAUGUGUGUGCAACUGAUGAGAAAGAGCUGAGAGCGGCGGAGGACUGGCAGGAAGUGAGAGCUUGGCACCAUGCAGUCCUUCCGAGAGCAGAGUAACUACCAUGGAAAUCCUCCAACGUAUCCGCCAGAAUCUCAUGGAGCUUCAAGGCUGGAAGAGUUCAGCCCCCGACAACAGCUUCAAUUAUCUCAAGGCGGCUAUGGAGGACGUAGAGGCGGGACAGCCACUCCUACUGCUAUUGCUCCAGGAGAAAAUACUAACCUACAAAAUUUUCAAGCUUACCGCAAAGAGUCAGGUGACUUUUAUUACCUAGCCAACAAAGAAGCAGGCACCCCUGGGGGGCAGACACAGCAGCGUCGGCUUCCUGGUUCAGUGCAAAGUUAUGGUCCACCCCAAGGAAACAGCAUUACCAGCAGCGCAGGCUACAGCAGUCACUAUGGAAGGGAGAGUCACCACAGCCAAUUUGCUGGGCAGCAUCCCUCUUCAGCUAGUCUUUCUCAGUAUUCGCAAGAUUUUCCUGGGUCCUUCUCUCCAGGUGGCGGACAAUAUUCCUCACUUGUUCCUAGUCAGCAGCUGAGACAUCAACUUUAUCAGUCACAUCAGCCUAUUUCUCAAGCUAGUAAUCCACCUGCACCCACAGCAGCCUCACAUCUACAGCAGAUCCAGCGUUCUGCCAAUCUCAACUCUCCUUCUGGAUUUCCCCUUCGAAUGGGGCAAUUUGGUCAACAUUAUCAGUCCUCACCUGGAUCAUCAUCUAGUUCCUAUCCUGCUCAGAGGUUUGGACAAUCUGGAACAAGCUAUGAAGGCUACAGCCCUGGCGGUACUAGCUCUCCAUAUGAGAGUCAUAUGUCUGGAUCCUCCUAUGGGACACAACAAUCAUAUAGUAGUUAUACCAGCCAACAGUUAAAAAACUUUGAGGCAGCUAAGAUGUCUCAAGGAGGAAGUCAGGGACAGCAACCACAACAGCAGCAAAACCCUUCUCAUUUAAUGCAGUUUUCCAACUCUUCUAAGUUACUUACUCAGAAUCAGACUGGACAAUAUAAUCAAUCUGAAGUUCCUGUACGAUCGCCUAUGCAGUUCCAGCAGAACUUUAGCCCCAUCUCUAAUCCUUCUCCAGCUGCUUCUGUAGUACAGUCCCCAACUUGCAGCUCCACACCAUCACCACUGAUGACCAGUGGUGAAAGCAUUCAGUGUAGUCAAGGAAAUGUCCCAAUACAAUCCAGAAAUCGUAUGUUGCCAAUGAUGCCACAGUUAAGUCCUAACAUGCAAAUUUCAAGUUUUAAAGGGUAUGGUGUAGAAGGUCAACAUGAAAAGCGUUUAACAGAUCCAGGUCUAAGUAGUCUUAGUGCACUCAGCAGCCAGGUCGCCAACUUACCUAAUACAGUUCAACAUAUGUUGCUUUCUGAUGCUUUAGCCCCUCACAAAAAAGGUGGUAAAAGGACUUCUCGGAAAACUGACAGCUGUGCCAACUCUGAAACCUCAUCCCAAGCUGAGGAGCAACUGAAAUCUCCAAUGGCAGAGUCAUUGGAUGGCAGCUGUUCUAGUAGUACAGGUGAUCCAGGUGAAAGGGUGCGGCAGCUAAGUGGUCAGAGCACUAGCUCAGAAGCAGGUUAUAAGGGACCACCUUCAGAGAAACUGCCCUCACCUGCACACACUUGGCAGAAUGAACCUCCAGGCAAGACUUCAGUUCCAGAUAUUGAUACAGUACCAGAGUUAGACGAAACCUAUCAGGAAAUUUCCAAACCAAGUGAAAAGGCUGUCGGAGUCAUUGUCUCAACAGAAACUGUGACAAAUAGAUCAGAGAUAGUAGUUGAUGAGGCUCCAAUAGUCAUUACUAAUGUUGAUGAUCCAUCACCAGACCCUGAUCCAUCACCAGAGCCCGAAACAGCAAAAGAGGAAGAUACUAAGACUUGUCUGAAUGCCCAGAAUGGAGAACAUAAUUCAGUUGAUAUUAGCUCUGCUUCAGUAUGUAAUGUACCUGUUAUAGAAACUGAUAAAUCACCUGUUGGAGCUGGAUUUGGAUUCAAGGAAACAUCAUCUAUCACGCGGAAUACCAGUUUGCCCCAACAGCCUAAAAAUUCAGAUACGGGAACUUUUGGUGGGCAGAGUGAACGUAAAACAGGAAGAAAUGAUAAGUAUCCAAGCCUUUUGCAGGAAGUCCUUCAAGGGCACCAUCAGCAAGAAAGAAGAUAUGUAAGAAAUGCUCAAGACCAGCCUCCAGUUACUGAAAGUUCUGAUGUAUCGUCAAGACCCAAUGUUCUUAUGAGCCAAGCCAAUGAGCAACCUAAUCGCAGUAUGCUUGGAAAGACCUUAGCACCACAUGUAGAAUCCUCACAUUGGGGACAGUGGGAUAGGAAAAACACAUCAGAAAUAAAACAAAUCAAUUUGGCAGAUUAUCCGAACGCCAGAAAGUUUGAGGGAGAAACUCCAGCUCCCUGCCAUGAGCCCACUAGCGGUCCCUCAGAAAGAAGAUCUGUUAUCUGUGACAUCUCCCCACUUAGGCAGCUUGUGCGCGAUCCAGCUACCUCUCACCUUGUGGCAUCUAGUCAAGAAAGAGCACAGGAUGGCAGAGCAGGCCAGUCUGUCAUUUUGCCUAGUGGAAUGCUGUCUUUAGAAAAGUCAAAUAGCCACAGUGGAGUUGCUAAAGCCGAAGAUACAGAUUCCUCAAAAAUUAUCAGAAAACGAGCAGGAGAGCAAGGUGUACCAUACAGCUCCAAAGAAUCCCCCAGAGGAAAUGCAAGUCCUAGAUCCAUGACAUUUGAUUCCAGUCAAGAAUAUAGCUCGCACGGCCGUUCAACAAAUCCCAAAAGAGGAACUGGGAGAGUAGGAUCUCGAGGAAGAUCACCUGCACAAUCUCAAGAUCUUAUUGAGAAGUCAAAAAUGUCUCCUGGAAGAAGUCGUGGCUCAACAGAGAUUCAUCAAAUGAGUCUUUCAGAACGAGCAAGUAGAGAGGCUUUGUACUCUGCUUUUUUUCAGAAUGCUGAUAACUCUGCCCUUGCUUACCAUACUAACUCACGAGCAAGUUCUUAUGGAGAGCCUCAUCCAUCAUUUACAUCUCUUCAUUACAAAAGACACAUGUAUCCACAAGAGGAAUACAAAGAAUGGUUGGGAAGCUCUGCUCAGGCUAUACUUUCAGCAUCACAGCAUCGUCAGGAUUUACAAAGAAAGAGCCCAAGACAGGAUUCCUUUCAUGUGCGAAGUCCUGGUAGGAGUGAAAAUGAAGGGUUAUCCUAUAGCCAACCAAGUUCAUUUGAUCCCAGCAACGUAGACUUUAGCCGCCAAAUGCGUAUGACCGAAAGCACCUCUUCCACAGCUGGGGACUUCAAACGAAAUAGUCAAAAAACUCCUCCAGGAGACUCAGCAGGAUGGCACCUAGGACGACAGUCUUCUCCUGCUAAAAAAUCUGCAUCUCCAGCUAGUGCAAAUCAAAAGCCAUUCAGCCCCACUAGGGAUCCCGAAACACUUGGUCCUAGGGCAGGUGAAACGACUGAACUUUCUAAACCUGAUUGUAAUGCUCAUCGUUCUUCAGGACAAGAGGAAGUAUCACACCAUAACCCCUUAAUUAUGCGAAGGAAAGUACGUUCUUUCAUCUCACCGAUUCCAAGCAAAAGGCAAUUGCCUGAUGACAAAGCACGUCCUGUUAUUGCUUCUUCAAAAGAAGGUUCUGACAGGACAAUGACCUCACACGUUCGAUCUCCAAGGGGAAAUGAAAAUGAAUUCUUCUCUAUGACAGAAGAGCAAUCCAAAUCUGGUCCUGAGCAGAGGAGUCCCACAGCAGUGACUCUAUCAAGUCCAACCAAGACGAAAAUUCUCCCUCCCCGCAAAGGAAGGGGUCUUAAGUUAGAAGCCAUAGUGCAGAAAAUUACAUCUCCAAAUGUUCGUCGGAGUACAGCUCCAAGUUGCUCAGAGAGUGCUGUUGAGCCUGUAACACUUGAUGAUAUAUUAUCUCUCAAGGGUAAACCCUCUGAAGCUGUUAGUGACUUCAUGGAAGAGACGGCGGAAAGAAUAGUGGAUGCUGUACCAGAUAACUCGAACAAUGACAAUAUAAAAAUUCUGAAUCUUUCACCACAGUCCUUUGAGGCUUGGACUGGUAAAGAUGGCAAACAGAUUAAACAAGAAAUAGAAGAACAGUUUAUAGAAACCAAAGACCUCUCCCAAUCUUUACCUUUAGUACAACAAGCAUCAAACCAUUAUUUGGAAACAAUGGGAAACUCUUCAGCCUUGGAACAGAAAUGCUCUGUGUCACAGCCUCAACUUCAUGAGAUGCCUGAUAAGGAGAAGAUAGUAAAUGCACCAUGUCCCGUUACCCCGAAGCUAGCUAUAACGCCUCCAAAAGGAUAUUUUCCAUCUGGAAAAAAGAGAGGUCGUCCUGUUGGUAGUGUUAACAAGCAGAAAAAGCAGCAGAAACUUCAACAACAGAAACAGCAGCUUCAACAACAACAGCAGCAGCUUCAACAACAGCAGCAGCAGCUUCAACAGCAACAGCUUCAACAACAACAGCCACUUCAAGAACAACAGCAGCAGCAGCUUCAACAGCAGCAACAGCUUCAAGAACAACAACAGCAGCAGCAGAAUAAUGUACAGCAGAAAGUGGAAGAGCAGUCACAAGUGCAAGACCAGCAGCAGCUUCAGCCUCCCCUUGCAAUAGACCCGGCACCUUUGCCUCAAAAAAUGUCGUCAGUUUCAGAGCAGGGAUUAGAGGCCGAGCCUAAACCAAAAAGAAGGCGAAGGGAAAGAAGGAAGCAACCUGGGACCACAAGGCGGAGGAGAGGUAAGCAAGCAGCUCCUAUAGUGGCUCCCAUUGAACCAGAGAUCAAAUUAAAGUAUGCCGUUCAAACGCUUGACAAAACAGAGACCAAACCCAAAUCGUUUUACCCCUAUAUCCAUGUGGAAAACAAAGAGGAUGUUGGCUUAUCCUGUGUCAUUAUCAAUGCUGAAGAGGAAGAACAAAGAUGGAAAAAAGUCACUUCUGGACAGAAAGAUCAAAGAUCUACAUCUCCACAAACCUCUGAGAGUAAAGUUCUUCCUGUCUCAAGCUUUAUGGUACAGGGGCCAGCUGUAACAGAAUCUGCCUCUUUCGGACAUCUUGUCUGCUGUUUCUGUGGAAAAUGGGCAAACUACAAGAAUCUUGGUGACCUGUUUGGUCCUUUUUAUACACAGGAAUAUGCAUCUACUCUGUCCAAGAACCCACCACCCAAAAAGUCAUCCGAAACCCCCAAAACAGUGAAGGUUCGACAUAAAGACACAUUGGAUGUUUCUAAAAGUGACUCUGAUGAAGAGGAAGAAGAGCCAGAGCAAGUCAGGGAACAACGCAGUUUGUCUGCACACCCCCGUUACAAACGCCGAAACCGUUCAGGAGACUGUACUUCUUCAAGGCAUGCUGUACCUUGUCGUAGGAAGACCACUGAUUCUAAUGAACUGGUCUCUUUGGACUCAAGUGGGUCAGUGAAUGCAGAUGGAGUCCCUGACCAAGGAUUUCAGAUCCCCCAGCUACCUCUUGACAGCAAUGAAUUCUGGAUGCAUGAGACAUGUGUCCUUUGGGCCAAUGGUGUCUACUUUGUUUGUGGACGAUUGUAUGGAUUGCAGGAGGCUUGUGAUGUUGCCAGAGAGAUGAUUUGCGCUCACUGCCAGGAGCCUGGAGCCACCCUAGGCUGUUAUAAUAAGGGUUGUGUCUGCUGCUAUCACUUCCCAUGUGCCAUGGACUCUGAAUGUUUACUAAAUGAAGAGAACUUCUCCGUGCGGUGCGCCAAGCACAAGACCAAGACAAUAAAGGGUGUGUCAGCAGAACAGCCUGAGCAGGGCUGAGGGGGGAAAUUUUGCCUAAAUUUGGAGAUAAAAUUCAAGCACAGGUAAAGCUUUUAAAUAAAGGGGAUCAUCACACCGUAGUCCACUAAAAAAAUCGAUGUGCUCCAGUUCUAUGGGUGGACAUUGCCUUCUACUUCGCUUAAACAUUUCCGUCACAGACUCGGUGACAUAUAAACACGAGCGGUAUCUCGCAGUCCAUAAAACAGUCUACACGCUAUGACAAGGGAGAACGUCUGUGUAAUUUAAUGUGGGGGGGGGGGGGAAGUAUUAAACAAAAUAUAUAAAUAUAUUUUUAAUCUGAAAAAGGAAAGGCGCAAAAUCUUUUUAUGGUUCAGAUUAAAUUUAAUUUUAAAAAUAAAAACUAUGUACGGGGAAAGACAGACUUUUGAAAAAACAGUUUUAAAAAUAUUUUGUUCACUCUUUUUGACCGUUGCGCAACCUGCUACAGAGUUUGAUUUCUUUACCCACUUAAGCUCUAUUCUUUAAAAAGCUGGAUUUUCGGCUAUCAAAUGCAUAUAUGGAUUGUAUGGAUAUGGAUGUAUUCUGUGUGGCAAGCUGCUGUGUUUAGCAGCGCUUUUAUGUAAAUCUUGUAUAAAAUAAAAAACAGUCUGGCCAGAAUUUAAUAUUCAAAUACUGUGAUGUCAGAGUA